UGCGUAAAUUUGUAUUUCUUUCGGAACAAUGUGAAUGAUUGCAAACUAUUCUCUACGGCAUGAGUGGGGACGAACAGGGGCCUCUUUGAAGGAGGAUCAAUUUCUAAACAGAUAAGUUUUCUUCGAAGAAAUAAAUGCGGAUUAAGUUCAGCGCCGAAAUGAACCGAAUCCCGACAGUUUGCGUGAAGACACUCGUAUGCCUCUUCGUGCUCGUCCAGUGCACGGGUUGCAGCCACCUAGCGAAGAUAUACUCGCGGCUGAACCACGAACAUCGGCACGAAGACGAUAGUGAUAAGUACAACUACCCGCUAGAUAAAUUAAUGAAUAGGUUAGGUCACAAUAGCAGUAAGGACGCGCGCACGCCUAGUAACUUAAUAGACACGAGUAUGGAUAGGUACAGUAGGAAAAGCGCGGCGGAGACUUCGACGUGGAGCCCGGCGUCGGCGGGCGGAAACGCGCUGUGGAAAAGGCGAUCGGUGUCCGGCGGGGCGCAAAAGCCGCGAGUGACCCGCGAGGAGACGAAGGACUCGCGGAGGAGGAAGCUGGAAGGGAGCCUGGAGAGGCGGCUCUACGAGGACAGCGACGAAGACGAGGAGGACGAGGAUGAGCCCAUCGAGGAGGAGAUGGAGGCCAGAGAGUAUCAGGAUUUGGAUCCCUUCUCCUACGACGCUGACCACAGGAACGUCCGCCACGGUGCCUCCUACAUGCGGUUUGAGCAGUCGGAACCAAGUCAGCAACAAAGAACGAGUCAGCAGCUAUCACCGAUGUCGAAGAAGAAAUGGGAGCUGCUGGGCUCGUCCAAAAAAGUUGACGAACUGUUCCAAGCCUCUCGCAAGAAUGGUGGCGUCAGAAAGGUCGGAAUCCCAGGAGUAGACGUCUGGGUGGAUCCGCAUCCGCAGAAACAGGCGGAGAACCACGUGCUGAAAAUCAUGAGAGACGGCAAGUGCAAAUGGCCGCGCCAGAAGCUCAUCAAAGUGAGCGAGUCCUACCCAAGCAUGACAAAAACAUACAUUCCAUCGUGCACCAUACUCUACCGUUGCGGUGACGAUACCGGCUGCUGCUCGCUACCCACCCAAAAAUGCACCGCCAAAAACUCCACCACCGUUGAGCUCUACUUCACGACUACAAGGGUGGAAGUGAGAGACGGGAAUCGGACAGUGCGCCAAGACGUGGAAAAAUUAACUUUCACGAACGAUACCGAGUGCGAUUGCGUGGAAAUGAUGCCCCGGGACAUGGAGCUCGAACGAAUGAUUGACCACAAAAAAACAGGAUGUACGUGUCCGACGGAAUUCAGCCCCCGAUACAUGUCUAAUGGUCUAUGUACAUGUGACUGUUUUGAUAAACAAAAUGAUUGCCUUCGUUAUAAAAGAGGAUUGAAAUACUUUGAGCACUCAGACAGAUUAUGCAUUGCAGAAGGCAGAUGUGAAAAACCUUUAUGCAGAUUCGGUGUAUAUGAACACAAAUACGGCCGAUGUCCCAAACGACAUGAAAAGUUUCAAAAAUUUUCAAAAUACAUCUCAUGAUUCCUGAUUAAUGAAAGUCCAUUUACCAAAAAUUGAAAGUACCAAUUUUGAAAGCAUUUUAACUGUCUGAAAAGCCCUAAUUUUUUGCAAUUACAUGCGUAACUUACAAAGUAUUACACUCGCAAUAAAUUCAUUUGAUAAGAGAAAAAA